UGGCUCUUUUUCGAUGCAUCCAAUUCAAUGCGCACUACAGAUUGAUGGGAAUUUUCUAUUAUCUUAUUAAGACUUUAGUAUUAAUGACUUCAUCUCUCUCUCAAUUCAUUGAGUUCAAAGGCAAUGCAGCCCCAGAACAGUUUCAUGAGCUGUUAAACUUUUAUCUUUACGUCUGUAACAGCAAGUACUCCGAACUGAAGACCGAAAAGCCGCCUCAAUGGCAUCCCCUCAAACUCUACGAACUGUAUAGAAUUGCACGAGGGGUUCAUUUCACUCUUGUCCAAAACAUUGUCUUACAUGAGGGGGACCAAUUCUCAGAAAAACGAGACUUUUGGAACUGUCAAAAAAACACUUGCUUUGUUACGGAUGAGUUGUCGGUUGUAUUUACUAAGUCAGAGCGAUUUAUUCUUGCAGUCAUUUUCUACGCUUCCAAAUUUCGUACUACGAUUCAUUCUUACACAAGCUUGUUUCUCGAUGCGCUAGAGACGUUGUACUACAAGCUUCGUUCCAAACUUCACGAUUCUCUUACUCCGGCAUCAGAAAAUUUUGAUCUCGAAUCCAACAGCCCGAGAAAUCCUCGUAAAAAAAUUAAAUGGGAAUCUGAUUCAGAAACGGAGAAACACUCCCCCAAACAAGCAAACACUCUAUACAUGUAUUCUUUACUACGUGAAACACGCAUGUCGCAAAGAUGCCGCAAUUCAAAAUUAAGCUCAAGCGACUGCGCGGUGACAUCAUCGUCGUCUGUUGACCUUCCAACUACCCCAACUCGAACUUACCAAGAACCAAACACUUGUUUGAAGGCCAUUGACAACCAUUGCGGUAAGGAAGCGAAGACUGGAUGCCUUCUUCCUAACAAAACCUUUUUACUACGACGUCCUGUUUCUCUUUCCAUGAAAGAUUCAGAUUCAGAUCCCGAAUUAAAAGCACUUAAAAAGACGGCUUCUGACGACGUUAUCUCUUUCAAUUUGAACAAUGAUGGCAGUCUUCAGUUCGAUUUUCGACCUUCCUCCUUCUCUCAGCUCUCACGAAAUGCUUUGUUUCUACGAGGCCGUCGCUUGACGAAGGAGUACCCACGUUCAUGCCAACAUAUGUUUACGAAGAGACGGCAACAACGUCGUGUGUGCAAGAGAGCAGAUUCUCGUGCUGCAAAGAAGGCUUUAGAGGCAACUGCAAAAGCCCUUGCUCAGGAGGCACGCCGUUCUCCUCCUCUUUCGGAUUCAAGUUCGGAAUCUUUGACAAUAUUACCAAAAGACAAUGAACCCCCGGUAUCGCCUAUUCAAGAGAAUGGUGAAAACACACCAAGUGUACUAAACGCCAUUCCAACGAACGAAGUUAUUCUUAUGGGUUCCGAAAACACUGUUCCACAAAAAAAAAACUCUAAUUGGAAAAAGCCUAUCGCUCAGCCGUUACAAGCACCGUUACAGGUUUCGCAUGUGAACACACUUGCUGAACAGUCUAUUAAUAAGCAAACUGUGAAUGUCUGGCGUGUAGAUGUGGACGGUACGACACUCAAUGAAGUCGAAUCUUCUGCCGACAAGGAAAAUGUCGUCUCUAAAAAUCAAUUGAAAUGUGAAAAGCCUGAUGUUGGUGAUGACGAAUUGACCUUGCUAAGUCGGCGUUUUGAGCUCUGCAAAAUUAGUGAGCCUAGCUCUACACCCCAGGGAACCGUUAAUGAAAAGACACCUUCAACAGCUAAAGCGCCAAAAAUAGAACAACCACAGGAUUGUUCCCCGAUUUCGUCUGAUGUUAAAGUGGAUCCAGAAGAGGUGCAAGAGCAUACGACUGAACAAAAAGAGCCCGAAGCACCCAAAGGACCUGAAAGAUCCAAUUCACUUAAACCCUCCUCACCCUCGGUUACGGAAGCGCAUACAGAUAUUCCCGUUGAACCGGCCAUUGCAACCGAAGAAACUGUGCAGAAGGAAGGAGAGGCCGUCAAAUCCAUAAAUCCCGCGUCUUCACCCGAUUCCAGUGCCGUGGAAAUCCAAGCUGAUUCAUGCAGCGAACAUUACACAGCUGAACCGCCGGGCAACUCCUUUCAGAAAACUGAUGAAUCAAAUAAAGAACCAGUUGCGAAACAGACCCCUACUGUUUCUCAGCCAAAACCAAAAGUAACACCUGUGCAGGCUAAAGCGAAAAAGAAACCAGCCAAACAACCCUCGGCCAAUGCAAACUCGACCGCAAUACCACCUGAACUUGAAGUACCGCUCUUCGCGUAUUCGCAAAUACUGUCCGCAGUCAAAUCUCGCCCGAAAUUAGCGAAACCAGAUAUGAAAAAGGAGGAACUGGAUAAGGCACUCAGCAUGAUAGAUGCCAAAUUGCCUAAAGAUGGGUCUUCUGACUUUAUUGAAGAUCUCGGUGUUCACAAAUCGGAUAUCGUGGACUUUGCCGAAGCACAAAUCAUGGCUACUGAGUAUCUUUACAAGAACUUACAACGCUUUGAUAAUCCUGUCUUACUUUUAAAAGCAGCAUUUUAUCUGCAUAGAGAUCACGAGCAACUGAAAGCAUUGAACGAUGAGGAACUACUUGACCUUAUCAUGAUCAAGUCUCACUGUGUAAAGUACACUGGGCCCCUCUCUGAUGAACCCGUUACCGAUGAAUUCAUCACUAAGGAUGACCCUUACCGAAUUACCGAAAUUAAUAUCUACUCUGUGGAAGGCGCUUACCACCAUCAUUUAUGGAUGCAGAAGUGUCACAAAAAGGUUCCUAUAACUGAAGAACUCAAGGCUCGCUGCCGUUCCUGGCUGUCCGAGCAGACGAUGCGAGUGAUGUACGCAGCUAUGUGUAUUGAUUUAACUACACGCUCAUUACGUCGUCGCGGCCCUAUUUUGGCUUGGCAACGCGAGCACCCUGGAGAAACUCUUCCAAAGGAGCUAGUUGACAUGUUUAAUGCUCCGACUGAAUUAUCAGCGGCUUAUCACCGCUAUUUGAAAGCAAAGGAAAACUUGGAAAAGGCCGAAUUCAACGAGCGGAUCGUCGAAGGCGUCCAUAAACGAUCUGAAAAGCAAGAUUACAAAAUCCUUGUUGCAGCUGAAAAGAAUCGGCGGGAGAAUACGAACCCGCUAAAGCAAGAGCCAGAAGUGGAUGGUGAAGACUCUGAUUCAAGUUCUUCUACUUCAGGGAAACACAAGGCAAAAACGUCUAAACGUAAAACAAAAAACAAGGUGAAGAAGAACCGUCGUCGAAAGAAAAACGGCAAACGGCGUUGAACUACUAACUGAACAGUAUGAUUAAACAGUUGAAACGAAACCGUUUUGAGUUCUAUUAACCAACUAUAACAAACCAUUGAAAUGCCAAUAAUCCACAAGAACAGUCUUCUGAAAAGAUGGAAACACCGCUAACUCUUAUACUGUGGUCCAGUUUUAGUUUCGAUAGUGACCGAUCCUUAGGUUAAGAGUUAUUAAACUUAGUUCAAGAGCAAUUGAAAGGCGAGCAAGACAGGUGUGAGUCUAGAGGCAGUAUAAGAACAUAAAUCUUAGGAUGUUCAUUAAAACUACCAUGCUUAAUUCAUUCACUACGCAUAUUAACACACCCUUACAAAUCCAUCUCCCAUGCCACCUCAAGUAUACCCCAUUGCUUACACCACUCUUUGUGGUGUAAGUAGUUGUUGCCAACAUUCACCACCA